ACUGUAGCGCGGUCUAACUAGGAUUUCAAAACUUUUGAAAUCAAAACCAAUAGGUGACGUUGCCUUUCUUCUUCUUCCUCCCCUCAUUCUCUUGGUGUCCAGUAACAAAGUCUUUGCUUUCUAAAGGAGGUGAAUCAGGAUAAUGGCUAAAUUUGUUGCUCCUGGAAACUUGAUGAUCAAAGAUGAAAACUUGGAUAUUCAUUCCAAAAAGAUUGUCAAGUCGAAGAAUUCUAAGACAGGUGGAAAGAAAGGUGGUUCAGGGAUUGCAAGUCGAAAAGCUUUAAAUGAUAUAACAAACAAAGCAUCACUGCACCCUGAAACCUCAAUUAAGAUAAAGAAUUUACCUAAGGAAGAUAUUAAUGUAAAGGAGGAAAUGUUUUUGCAUGAUCACAAGAAGUGCAUUGAGGCCCAAAAAGCUACAAUGAGAAAUUUCGAUCUGGAGACAGUUCUUCCAAAAGAUGAUUCCAUAUUUAUUCUAGAGCAGAUAAAGGUUCCUGAAUCCCCUCGAUGCUACCCAGAACCAGUAGAACUGCCAAUGUCAGAUUUUUCUGAUUGGUUGGACUAUUCGAUGCAGUGGAGCUCUCCUCCAUCGUCUCCAUCACCAUGGGACUCUCCACCAUCUCCCCUUGCGUGGCAAAAUAAAGCAUUUGAAUUUGUUCUGAAGGAAGAAAUCGAUGCCAAAAUGUAACCUAAUAUUUCUUCAUGUAAUAGAAGGAAUGGAACCCCCCCUGUUUAAACCUCAUUUUUUAGAAUUCUCUUCUCAACCUUGGAGAAAAGUCAGUUUAAGAAGUUUUGUUCCACAAGUGAGAAAAAAACAAGGGCCAAGCCAAUUCUUAGUUCUACCAUCUCCAAUUAUAUAACGAUAGAGUGACAUAUAGUGUAGUGAUCCACAGCAUAGAAUACCAUGGCCUAUCAAAAAUAAAUAAGAAAUAUUAUUU